AUGCGUCUCUUAUCGCUGCUAGGCCUUGCUGCUUCAAGCAAUGCCGUUACUGUUGCAACAGACGGCAGUGGCCAGUUCACUGCGAUUGGAGAUGCUAUUGCCUAUGCGCAGAGCCAUGCAAUUCCAACCGUGACUGUCCUUGCGGGUACAUACACCCAGGCAGUGACUGUUUCAGCAACCCCCACUGUCACCGUUGUUGGUCAAAGUGACACUACAAAUGACUACUCUCAAAACAAAGUCACGAUCAGCAACGCAGGCACUGUUUUGAACGUGUACAAUAAUGUCCAACAAGUGAACUUCAACAACGUCAACUUCCUCAACACUGAUUCUAGCUCUGGUGCAAUGAUUUUGAAAGGAAACAAAUUUGCCUUCUAUGAUUGUCAAAUUGUCUCCACGGGAUCCCUCGGUAUCACUGCCAGUGUCGGAAUUGGCAUGAUUGCAAACUCGUAUAUCGAGUCCCUCGAUAAGGUCCUAUAUGGCCAAGCCAAUAUCUACGUCUUCAACACUAAGAUCGUGCCUGUGAACAACAAUGCUUUGAUGACAUACGCGAAGGGUACCACUUUGACCACCACUUCGACUCUAUACAAUUCAACUAUCGUGUUUGACAGCGUGACAGUGGCUCAGAAGUCGGGAGCAUCCAAUACAAAUGUAUAUCUUGCCGCUGCCAACGGUCCCGGUACUGUUGUCGUUUACCGGAACUCUGCGCUCGGUAGUUUGAUUGCUGCUAGUGGUGCCUACGUCAGCGCAACUAGCCAAGAUGGCUUCAAUUUGUUUGCAGAGUAUGCCAACACCGGCUCAGGAGCCUAUGCCAACAACGGCGUUACCCGUGCCAAGUAUGUAUCUCUCUUGGACGGAUCAAGCUUGUCCAAGUACAGUGUCAGCGCCGUAUUUGCUGCUGCUUACCCCAGCUAUGCAUCCUCUGACACCACCUGGAUUGAUUCGUUGGUCUUGGCCGCUAUCAAGAGCGCAGAUGUCAUACAGACUUCAACCUCGACUACCUCCACCGCAACCUCAACCUCAGCCUCCUCAGCCUCCAUGGCAUCCACAGCAAUCACGACAACUCAGUCUUCUGCCACAACCACUGUUGCUGCCGCAACCGCCACAUCUACUUAUGUUGUCAACCCCACUGACGGUCCUUACAAAAAUGUUACCGCUGCUAUCUCUGCUCUUCCCAAUGACGGCAAGGAUUACACCAUUUAUGUUAUGAGUGGCACGUACAACGAGCAGAUUUCCAUCACUCGUACGGGUAAGACAAUCAUCCGGGGCCAAACAACCUUCGAGAAUGAUUACACUCAAAACACUGUGACCAUCCAAUACUCAAAUGGUGUGUUGACCAGCGCCAACAAGGAUGAAGAGACCCCCAUUGUCAACGCCAAGAACAGCGAUGGAAAGGGACUCGCCCUCUACAACAUAGAUUUCAAGAAUACCUAUCCCCAGACCGCGAAUACCGCUGCUCUUGCUGCCGACUUUUACGGAACUGUGCAAUCCUAUGGCUGUUCCUUCAUUGGCUACCAGGAUACCCUCCUCGCCAACAAGGGUACUCAGGUUUUCUCCAACUGUUAUAUUGAGGGCUCUGUUGACUUCAUUUGGGGUUUCUCGACGGCCUACUUCUCCAAGUCUGUCAUUGCAACAAACACUGCCGGGUCUUGCAUUGCUGCGAUGAGUCGUUCCUCGGCUACGGCAACUGGAGGUUACGUCUUUGACAAUUGUCUCGUGACGUACACCUCAACAUACGGGAGUACCUACCAAACCACCUGGCUCGGCAGACCAUAUUCCUCAUACAGUCGGGUCGUUUACAUGAACUCCUACUUGGACAAGCACAUCAACCCGGCUGGCUGGCAGAUUUGGUCAAAGAGCAGUCCUCAAACCGAUUAUGUCACCUUUGGGGAGUUCAACAACACUGGACCGGGAAGUUGGUCUAGCAGCCGUGCAACCUUUUCUACCAAUCUCACAGAGACCCAGGCCGAGGCAUAUACCUUAUCUAGCUGGAUUGGCGAUACAACUUGGCUUGAUAUGACUGCCUACGAGUACGUUCCAUCAUACGACUUGACUGGCGGAGCUAGCACUACAGCGACUGCGACCACCACCACUACAUCAACUACUGUCUCCUCCACUGCGGCAGUCUCAACCGCUUCUGCAACUUGGGCACACCCUUCAAGCGGCACUACACCCCCUACUGGCGCUGUGCUCGUCAGUGUUGGUGCAUCAGUGAACGGUUCCUAUGGCAAUCUCACCGAUGCUUUGGCCUCCCUCCCAGACGAUACUACCACCCAGAUUAUCUUCAUGUAUGCCGGCACCUACGAGGAGCAGGUGCCCGCGAUCAAUCGGAAUGGUCCUGUCAUGAUAGUUGGUUAUACCACUGGAAAUCCUGGUCAAAGCUACGCCGACAACGAAGUCACGAUCACCUUCGCUCAUGGUCUUUCUGUCUCCCCUCUCCCAAGUGGCCACUCCGAUGCCGAGACAGCUACAGUAUCUACUGCGUCAACCAAAAUCGCCUUUUACAAUGUCAACAUCAUUAACUCGGAUAACCUUGAUGGCUUGCAGUCUUCAUAUGUUACGCUCGCUGCCUCCAUUUACGGAAACCAUGUUGCUUUCUACGGUGUAUACUUUCAAGGAUGGCAAGACACUCUCUUGACUGGAGCCACGGCCGGAUACCAAUACUACGAAUCUUCAUACAUUGAGGGUGCGAUCGAUUUCAUCUGGGGAUACUCGAAGGCCUACUUCAAGGGAUGCACCAUUGGAGCCAAGAGAGCAAAAUCUGCGAUCACAGCCCAGAGCCGCGCUUCUGCGAGUGCCGUUGGAGGAUACAUCUUUGACCAGACAUUGUUCACUGCUGCUGCUGACGCAACGGUCGAUCUCACAAACACUGUGUAUCUCGGCCGACCUUAUUCCCAAUAUGCUCUGGUGGUUGUCAAGAACUCCUAUCUGACUGAUGUCAUCAAUCCCGCUGGUUGGAAAGUGUGGUCGACCACAGACCCUCGCACGGGUGGUGUCACAUUUGCUGAAUUUAACAACACUGGACCGGGCAACUGGGAAAACAACAAGGCUGCCCGCGAGGCAUUCGGAUUCGCCACUUUGUUGACGGCGGAUACUUACUCGUUGGCCAAUGUCAUGGAUUCUACUGACUGGAUCGAUAUGACUUACUGGGAUUCGAUUGAUACCCCUACCGCUGUGUCCGGUACUACGACCAGUACACCUACAGCAACCGCUACUCCCUCGGCAACUACGACAUCGGUAUACGAUGGAACAACCCCUCCCUCUGGGGCCUACAUCGUGUCGAAGACAAGUCUUGGCACAAAUACGACCGUGUACGAUACCAUUCAGAGCGCCCUUGAUGCCGUUCCCACCUUAUCGAAGACCACUCCUACUAUUUUCAUUUAUCCUGGCACAUACGAGGAGCAGCUUAUUGUCAGCAAGUCCGGUUCUAUCAUUCUAAUGGGUUACUCUGAGUCUACCUACGAUUACUCCAGCAACCAAGUCACCAUCCAAUACAACACUGGAGUUGACACGGGCGCCGAUCAGUCUAACUCUGACAGCGCCACAGUCUAUGCCACUGGCAACUACUUUGAGGCUAUGAACAUCAAUUUCGUGAACAACAACGGCACACAAAAAGACGUCGCAACGCUAGGCUUUGCUGUCAAGUCGAGCAAAUAUGCCAGUUUGUAUGGAUGCCAAGUCAAAGGAAACCAGGAUGCUCUGUUGAUUAAUGGUAACCUAUGGAUGAGCAACGGUUACGUCGAAGGAAAUAUUGACAUGAUCUGGGGAAGUGGCGCCGCAUACUUCUUGAACACAACCAUUGCACCCAACAAAGACGGUAUCAGCCUGACUGCUGAUAAGAGGGCUUCAAGCACGACUGUUGGUGGCUUUGUGUUUGACCAGUGUACCAUUACACCAUCGACUGGCGCCGGAUCCAUGUCCAAGAUCUCGCUCGGCAGACCAUGGAACGCAUAUGCCCGAGUUGCGUACAUCAACUCCUAUCUCGACUCUUCUGUGGAAGCUGCUGGAUGGGAGCAGUGGUCUACUUCCAGUCCGCAAACUUCUGGUGUUACUUUCGGUGAGUAUGGAAACUACGGCCCUGGAUCCAGCACUUUGAAACGUGCAACCUUCGCCUCGCAGCUCAACAAUACUGGCGUUGCUCAGUUUGAACUGGCCAAUUUCUUUGCUUCGACAUCUUGGAUUGACUUCACUCAUGUUGAUGGCACGGUCUUUGUUCCUGGCACAGCUGUCACUUUGACAACUGUUUCAACUAUUGCCGCCACGACUACCUCAUCUUCGGUCGCUGUGACUGUUCCUGUCGUGACUAUCACGACAACAGUUAGUGUGGUGACCACUUCUACCACGGCUGCCAUUGUGACGAUCACCCCUGUUGAUAAGACUUCAACUGUCAAGUCCACUACCAUUGUGACGGUUACACCUGAUCCUGUUUUGAAGACAACAACUGAAAUGGCAACCAUCACCACCACUGAGAUUCUGACUGAGCCCACGACAACUUCCACCAAGACCUCAAUUGUGACUAUGGAUGUUGGAAGUACAGUCACGCCCGAUGCAAAGACCGUUACCACGACACGCAAAGCUACGACCACUGGCACUGUCACUGUGACUGGCAAGGAUACAACAAUGGUGGUGAAGAGCACCACGACUAUCACAUCUGCCAUCACAGCAGCUGCCUCGACCGUCACCGAGAAGGAGACUGAAACAUCUACAAGUAUCAAGACUGUCAGUGGAAAGGCCGGAAAAACGACAUCUGUCGCAACAGUAACCGUGGGAACCGGAGGAACGACAACUGUUAACGCCAAGGCUACAACCCAAGUCAUCACUUCAACAUCCACAAAGACGGCCAUGAAGACAGUCACUACAACUGUCAGCUGCGACACGGCUGCAAAGAAGAUGAAACGCGAUAUUGUUGGUCGUGCCAAUCCUACUACAGUUACUGUCUACGUCACUGAGGUCGACUGGGUAUCCAAGACCUCAACCACAAAAAUUCCCGUUGUGACUGAUUAUAUUACCGAUGUAACCACCAAGACCACCUCGCUUAAGGGGUCCACUGUCACUGACACGAUCACCUCAAUUGCCACCAAGGUCUCGACAAGCACCAUCCCAGCAGUCACGUCGAUUACCACUGUGACAGGCACCACUUCUGUUGGCAAGACCACGACCCUGAAGGCUUCUACUGUCACCAACACUGUUACCUCCAUUGUUGGCAAAGAUGUGACUAUCACCCUGGCUGGCACAACCAUCACCACCGUCAGCCUCAAGUCCACAACCAUUAAGAGCACUGUCAGCGUUCCUGCCGUCACGACGACCGCUACUGUCACUUCUACACUCAAGAGCACAAUUACUCUUCCCGCUUCGACUUCUACCGUGAUCAAGACCUCAACUGUCACGAACAGUCCCUCAGUUACUAUCACCAAUCGUGCUACCUCUACGUCUACUAAAGUUGCAAAGACUACUUCGACUAGCACUGUGACUGCGACAAAGACGGCCAAGUGCUCUUGA